UCUCGCGGCGUCUCGGCGCUCGGGCGAGGAGGGAGAUCCGAGCUGGCCAUGGCCGGCUGGGGAGGGACUCAGAUGCAGAUGGAGGAGGCAGAGGGGAAUACCACGGUCUUCUCCAUCCUGAAGUCGUACAACAACUUCAUGUCCCUGUCCGUGGAGGAAACAUCUGGCCAAGCCACCCUGCAGUCGCCUCCAGACUCACUCCAGACACGCUACCAGCAGAUGAUGAAGCUGGAAGACCAGGCUGGGCAAAUCCAUUCGGGGACGCGGCUUUUGCAAAUGGAGCGGGAGAAAAUGCAAAUGGAGCUGAGUCACAAAAGAGCUCGGAUUGAACUUGAGAAGGCGGCGAAUAUGAACGCCAGCAAAUUUGAGCGGGAGGCUGAUCGCAAUCAAGACCUCCUUAAGCGUAUCAAGCAGUGCCAGGAAAGGGAAACUGAGGCAAAAAACCUGCUUCAAGAGCAAACUGAGAUCAACAAAACCUGCCAGAAGAACAUAGAGACGCUGAAUAAGAAGCUGCAUGAGAAGGAGAACAAGCUGACCGAAGCCAAUGAAACAAUCAACGUGUUGAAGGGGAAGAUAGCAGAGUUACAGUGGAACUUGAUGAAUCAGGAGAUGGAGACGAAAAAGCAGGAAUCCCAAAAUCAGGAGUUGACUGAACAGCUGGAUAUGCUGUACAAAAAAUGGCAGGAGGCCGGUCAACAUAUCCAAGUUCUUCAGGCAAAGGAAGAGCUGAUGACUAAGAUGGAGCAGAAGAUUCAGGACCUUGAGCAAAAGCUCUCCUUGCAGGAACAAGAUGCUGUCAUCGUGAAGAACAUGAAGACUGAGCUGGCGCAGUUUCCCCAAAUGGAGCGGGAAUUACAGCAACUCAGGGAGGAGAACGCUUAUCUUAGGGAAAUGAAAGAAAACAAUGGAUUGCUCAAAGAGGAAGUAGAGGGCCUUCAGAGAAAGCUUCAGCGUUUUGAAAAGGUCCAGGCAGAACGGGUGGCUUUGGAGUUGGAGAAAGAGAAGCUUCAAGAAAAGCUCAAUACUUGGGAGAAAUUGGAUCAGAACAUGGGUUUAGAUAUCAAGAGUCCUGAUGAUCUCUCCAGACACAUAAUUGCCCUGCAACAACGGGAACUUAUUCUGAAAGAACAGAACUCUGCCAUCUCAAGCAGUGCCAGGCUGUUGGAGAAUGCACGGAGACAACUGCAGGAGGAAUUGCUGAAGGUUCAAAGCCAGCUCCUCGAAGAGAAGAAAAAACGAGAGCAACACGAAACCAUGGUUAAGUGCUUACAGAAACACAUGCAACUUCUCGUCAAGGCCCGUGAUGGGAUGCGAGCAAUUCUGGAAUUCUAUGACAGCGAGCUCAACCCGUUGGAGCACUCGCCACAGCUGAACUUCCGUGUGAGGGAGGCCGAAGAGAUGGUGCAGAAGGCUGAAGCGCAUUGCACCGAAAUGGAGGCUCAGUUAUCCCAGGCUUUGGAAGACGCAGGGAAUCAGAAGAAAAGAGCAGACAUGCUGGAGGUAGAGAUGCAGAUGCUGAAGAGACAGGCAUCCACCGUAGAGCCCAGCAGCUUCCUCGCAAAAGAAGAGGUGGAUGCGCUGAGGUUAAAGAUUGAGGAACUGGAAUCUGAACGAAGUCGAUUAGAAGAGGAGAACAGGUCCCUGGAAGCAAAGCUGGAACAGAUUACUCUUCAGGGCUACCACGAUCCCAGUCGAACCAAAGUGGUCCAUUUCACCAUGAACCCAGCCAGCCUGGCCAAGCAACAGCGCCUAGAGGAGGUGGCGAGUCUGCGGGAGGAAUGUGAGCACCUGCGAGCGAUGGUUAGAACAUUGGAAGGCAGUGACAGUGGCGGCGGCGGCGGCGGCAGCGGCACGCUCUCAGGGAAACUGGAGGGGGUUGUAAAUCUCCAGCCCCCCCAUGAAAUUGCUGAAUUAAAGAAGCAAGUGGAGAGUGCGGAGUUGAAAAACCAGCGCUUAAAGGAAGUCUUCCGGGCGAAGAUCCAGGACUUUCGCAAAGUGUGUUAUAAACUGACCGGCUACCAGAUUGACAUGACAACCGAGAAUCAGUACCGUCUCACUUCCGUCUAUGCCGAGCGCAGAGAAGACUGCUUGAUCUUCAAGGCCUCCAGAUCUUCUGGUGCAAAGAUGCAGCUUCUGGAAACUGAAUUUUCGCAGACUGUCCGUGAAUUGAUAGACCUUCACCUCCUGCAACAGGAUAGCAUUCCUGCAUUCCUUAGUGCCGUUACACUCGACCUCUUCAGUCGCCAGACGGUGGCUUAGCCCUGCUUCAGCUGCAAGAUGUACCCUUUGCAUCAUCUGCUCAUGGAUCACAGAUGGAGAUGACUUGCAGGACUGCUGCUGAGGCCCUGAUCCGUGAAGAUGAACCAGGCCUUUUCUCAUUGUAGUUUCCACUUGUAUAUUUCAGGGUCCUGUUUCCUGAAGAAGUAACCUAAACAAUUGGGUAUUUUCUUUUGUAUAUGCUCUCUCUCUUUCUCUUUCUCUUUCUCUUUCUCUUUCUCUUUCUCUUUCUCUUUCUCUUUCUCUCUCUCUCUCUCUCUCUCUCUCCUUCUCCUUUCCUCCCUCCCUCCCUCCCUCCCUCCUUCCCUUCCUUCCUUCCUUCCUUCCUUCCUUCCUUCCUUCCUUCGUCAUUGCAACUGGUGACAGCUGGAGAAAAGGGAUAUAUGUGUGUGUAUAUAUGUAUGUAUGUAUAAGUAUAUAUAAUGGCCAAUUUUCUUUAUAAAAUUGGUAGGUGCUCUUGGAGAACCUGGAACUGCAGUAAGCAUCAAGCAUUGUUAAAAAUCCAUUUGUGUGUGUGUGUGGGGGGGGUGUCUCUCAAGUCUUGGUUGUCUUUAAUAGACAGUGGAAGCCUAUAUAUAUAUAUAUAUAUAUAUAUAUAUCCCUUUUCUCCAGCUGUCACCAGUUGCAGACCAGUUGCAGGGAAGGAGGGAGGAGAGAGGAGGAGGGAGGGAAGGAAGGAAGGAAGGUAAACUCAGCCUAUCACAGCCAUAAUUAUUCUCUUGUGCCAAGGCCAACUCAUUACCAGCUAAAAAACAAAUAUCAACACUUUUCUCUGAUAUUUCGGGCCUUUUUCUGUCCAGAUUCUUCUCCCCUCACAGGUCCCUUUUUUAUAUUGUUCUGAUGUUCUUUCCUGCAUAUUUGCCCAGAUGACGACAACAAUAACAACAACAAAAACCCCAGCUACUCCAUUUCUACUGGCCAGUGGUUAAGAGAUUGGGACUUGCCCCUAACCUGUGCCCGGUAUGUUCUGCUCCCCUUUCUCUUCAUAUUCUUCCUUCAGUCUGGGGAAGCCGAGGCAAGAAUUGUUUUUAAGCUUGGAAAUGGUGCCUGUGUAUUAAUGGAUCGAGGUAUCUGGCAAAUAAAGCUUGACUUGUG